ACGAUUUUUCAGCGCCGAUCGGCCAGUCACUCGCAAACUAUCGAGGUGCAAAGCUGCAGUGGACACAUUGCCCGCAAGCCUUUUGGGCUUUCAACGGUCCAUUGUGUUCGCAGGCAGAGCACCCCCGCCGAAACAUCACGAUUUAUCCAACUUUUUAUUUUUCACUUGUCCGAUCAUCUGCCGUGCAAAAUGGAUAUCGUCAAGUAUUUUUACGACAGCUUUUGGGAAACGGAAUACGACGAAAGGACAAUAGAUUGGUGGCCCGUGAAACACCAAUGGCUCGUGUGGACAAUACUCGCCUCGUAUCUGUACUUUGUCAAGCGAUGCGGCCCGAGGUUCAUGGAGAAACGGCGACCGUACAGUUUCAAAACUUUCAUCAAAUAUUACAACAUAUUUCAAAUCAUUUACAACGCCUGGAUUAUCUACGCGUGCAUCAAGUACGGCCUGUUUCACGAAAUCAGUCUUGGAUGCGAGUUUGUCAACAAAUCCCCGACCGGCAACCCCAUGGAGCUGGCCAAAGUUAUCUAUUGGACGUUUAUGUUGAAAGUGAUAGACCUGAUUGAGACGGUGAUAUUUGUACUGAGGAAAAAAAAUAGACAAAUUUCGUUCCUUCACUUGUACCAUCAUGCCUCGACAAUUGCCGUCACUCAUAUAUCGGUUAAACAUUAUCCUGGUGGCAUGGUUACUUUCCCAAUCGUCCUAAAUUCAACUGUUCACGUGAUUAUGUACACUUACUACCUCCUGAGCAGCCAGGGACCAAAAGUACAGAAAAUUAUUAAUCCAAUCAAGCCAUACAUCACUAUCAUACAAAUGGUGCAAUUCUUUAUUCUGCUGGCACAUACAGUCCAAGGUUUCUUCCCAUACUGCCAUGUACCAAGAUGGGGCGUGUUGGUUAUGUUUGCUAAUCUUGUGAUAAACUUUACUCUAUUUUUCAAUUUCUACAUACAAAACUACAAAAAACCAGUCAAGCCAAAGAAGAGCUAAACGCGUCAAUAUUCAUACAAAUCCGACUGUCAAUUACAUUUGAAUUGUAAACAAAAAAAAAUAUGCUUAUGAUUUGUGAUAGCCACUUUGCAUAGUUACCUGACGAACUUUUGCAUGAACAAUUUUAAAAAAUUAAACAAUAUCAAAGAAAAACUUGGAAAAAAAUGUAUGUUUUAAUUAUCUUUAAAUAUCGCCAAAUUACACACAGACACACAGAUAUGAACAAUGGGCUUUUACACUUGAUUUGAAUCAUUGAAUAAAACGUUAAGUGUACAUAGUAGGUGUGUAUGUAUGCAGUCUACAUUGUUGAAUGUAAAUAGCUGAAUGUAGUAAAGAAUCUGAUGGAUUCCCUUUACAUCUAAAAAUAAUAAUAAAAAAAAUUAUCAGAUUUGAAAAUCUAA